AUGGUUUUUAUUCUACCGAAAAUAAAAACUAAAUUCAAAGGAGAUAAUACUAAAAAGGGUAUUAAAAAUUAUGAACCUUCUUUUGAUUUAGCACAAGAAUUAAAUGGAUUUAUUGAUGGUAUUUCAUAUGAUUAUUUCUUCGAUGAAUAUUAUUACCAACAACCGAGUAAAAUAACGAGUAAUACUCGUGGUCAUUCACAUUUAUGCUCGAAUGAUCCAUAUGGCAUUACACCAGCGGAGUAUGGUUAUUUUAGUUAUUUAGCAUAUAAUAAACCUGUAAUAAAAUUACAAAAACAUUAUCAAGGAAAUUUCUUAAAAAAAGAUGAUGAAUUAGUUUUUUAUAAAGAAAAUGAUGAAAACGAAAGAAAUAAAUAUGAGUUACUUUCUCAAUACCUUAAAGACAAAGGAUGGUCUUUUCAGUACCAUAAUAAAAAUGGACUAUAUUAUAUAAUAGGAACUAAAGUUUGUAAAGAAGACAAAACAGAUAAGGAACAGAAUAAAGUCAAAGUGAUUGCUUUUAAAGGAACAAAUUCAUUAAGUGAUGGUCUUUAUGAUAUUCAAUUGUUUGCUGAAUCUGCAUUUCCAACUAUAUCAGUUACAGUAUUUCCAGUAUUUACAAAACAGACUCUUUCAAGAAUAAGUUAUGGGUUAUCAUUUUUUGGAACAAAAGCAUUCGAAAAAGAUGAGCCAACACUCUUAGGAACAGCAAAGAAAAUAGUGAAAGAAGAAAUGAAAGAUGGAAUCCCUCUUGUAGUUACUGGUCAUUCACUUGGAGGAGGGAUUGCGAAUAUAGUUGGAACAGAGUAUGGAUUAUCAAGUUUUGGAAUAUCCCCUCCUGGGACAUUUUUGGGUUCAAAAGGAUUAGGACUAAAGAAAAAGGAUGUCACUGUACUUGCAAGGGCUGUUAUACCUGAUAGAGAUCCUGUUGCUGCUCUAGGAAUAGAUGGAGGGUUACAAAUCAGAAUACCAUGCAAUGCAAAUUCAUUGAAGUGUCAUGGCAUACACAAUUCAGUUUGCAUGAUUGGUGAGUUGUGUAUCGAUAAAAGCAUGAUAAAGUUAUGUAAUAAAACGUGGUUGAGUUGGGGGUUUGACAUUUCAAAGACAUAA